CUGCUCACUUGUGUGAGACCUCGAUAGUCGGCAGCCACUUGUAAAAUUUCGCUAAGGAAAUAUCUGUGGCGGAAAACCACUAUGAUUUUCGUGUUACAGGUCACAGCUCAGCUGCUGCUCCUCAGUGUCUCAACUGUGUUGGGAUUUUCUAAAGGUCCUCCAUUGAGUACCUGUGAGAGUAAGUUCCCUCACCACAAACAUGCCCCGGCACAACAAGGACUGCCUCCCUAUAACAUCAAUGUAUCCACACUCUUGUACAGCCCCGGAGACAACCUGACAGUGACCAUCUCAGGAUCACAGCCUUUUACAGGAUUCAUUUUGAAUGCACAGGGGACUAAAGGUUCAAUUCCUUGGCCAGUAGGAACAUUUACUCAAAUUCCAAAUUAUACAGCUUAUUUUUACUGUUCUGGAGGUAAUCCAAAGAACACAGUUGGUCAUAACAAUCCUAAGCCAGCUAAGAAUUUGAAUUCACUUCAGUUCACUUGGAUGGCUCCUGAAAAGAGCGCAGGGAACAUCAGCUUCAUCGCAACCAUCGUUCAGAACUAUUCCACUUUCUGGGAAAAAGUUACUUCACCUGUUGUUCACGGUCCGCCAGUGGAGAAUGUCACUAGAGGGACUUCAACAGAGAGCUUUCAGAUUGACAAAAAGGGAUGUGGAGAGACCAAAGGGUGUUACUCCUUACCAUCAAACUGCGCUGGAAGUGGAGACUGUACCUAUCUUUUCACUUACAAUGUUUCUGGAAGAAAUGUUAUCAUAGACAUGAGUGCUAAAGAGCGCUGGGUGGCAGUUGCUUUUAAUGAAAAUAAGCUAAUGGAUAAGAUGGACUCCAUAAUGUGCACUACCAUGGCAACUAAUUUGGCAGAAUUUCGUCAUUUCUAUUCUAUUGGUCACAGUGUUGUCCGACAGGACCUGACUGGUAACUCUGACGUCACCUUUGACAAGAUAGUUUAUGAGGAUGGUGGGAUAAAGUGCAGGGUCACUCGUAAACUUACCUCAAAUGCAGUCUACUUUAGAGAUCUAACCAAGAAAUGGUAUCUGCUCUUCUCCUGGGGUAAAACAAGUUUGUCUGGCAGUGCACAGUAUCACCGUGCCAAUCAAUCUGUCACAGCUGAUAUGGUGGACCUUGGUGUCAAUGCAGUUCUUAAAGAUGAAAAAAGUCAGGCUGAAGCUACAAUAACCAAAGAUGGGUGCAGGAAGACAAAGAGCUGCUAUUCUGAGCCUGCAAACUGCAAGUCUAGCAAAGACUGUGAUUAUCUUGUGACCAUGAAACCCACGGGGGACCAGGGAGAGUCAGGCGAAGUGGAAUUUGAGCUUAGCGCUAAGAAACAAUGGGUGGCCAUUGGUUUUAACAAUGAAAAGAACAAGAUGGAUGGCACCGAUGCCUUAAUCUGCGCUGAAGUCAAUGAUAAAGUCACUGUAGAACAUUAUAUGGCCGACCAAGGGUAUGGUAGACCUACAAAGACCACCCCUACUCCCACUUCUAUUAUUGCAACUCUUGCUGAAUCAAAAGGUGGAGUUGUUGCCUGUCGCUUUAAAAGGAAGAAGAAAGAUGACAAGAUGGUGGAUCUUACAAAGACAUGGCAUCUUGUGUAUGCAAGUGGCCCUAUGAGUGGAGACAAGAUAGGCAUACACUCCACAACUCCAAAAACCAGCCCUCAGAAAGUGGACGUCAGUGCAAUCGGAGAGCUUGUUGCAGCAGAGGAGAGCAUUACAUUGGUACAGGUUCAUGGCUGUUUAAUGGUUAUUGCGUGGAUCGGCUUUGCAUCGAUUGGAAUGUUCAUUGCUCGUCACAUGAAGGUGUUGUUUGGCCAGAGGGUUCUGCUUGGUACCAAAAUGUGGUUUACGCUUCACCGAUUGUUAAUGGUCUUGACAGUUGUGCUAACUAUCCUUGGAGUUAUCAUCAUCUUUGUUCAUGCUGGUCGCUGGACCAAGGAAGCUGGUGCUCAUCCAAUCACUGGUAUAUUUGUACUGGUGCUUGCUGUUAUUCAACCAAUUAUGGCAGUAUUCAGACCCCACCCUGGAGAAGAAAAACGCUACAUCUUCAACUGGGCUCAUCGUGGUGUGGGGCUGUCCGCACUAAUCCUGGCUGUGGUGACUGUGUUCUUUGGUCUUCGCCUUCCUGAUUCAAGGCUAGGUGACUCCGCCCUGUACCCCAUGGUCGCCUACUGUGUGGCUUUGACUCUUGUGGUUGCUUACGACAUCUAUGAUACUUUGUCAACGCCACAGGGCGAAGCAUUUUUCAGUGUCGUUCCAUCGGGAGGGAAAGAAGCUGAAGAUGUUGAAUUGCAGCCCCCUGACAUUCCGACUGUAAAUGAACGCAAAUUUCUGUUUGCCUUUACGGUUCUUGUUUCAGUUGGUGUUGUGAUUGCACUUUUGGUGCUGAUUGCAAUCGCUGACAGGGAAUCUCACGAACAUGAUCACGACAGCUAAAUUAAAAGUCAAGGAGUUGACGCAACAAAAUUCCUCAAGCAGAGGAAUGAUCAACCUAUGAACUGAAGUGGUACCAAAACUAUCGUAUAAGAACUAGUUGAUAGUUGAUAGUGAACAUUUUUGGUAGCCCAUUUAUCUUUUUAAUAAGGUUACAUCUGUAUACUGUCUCAUUUAUUUUCUGUGAACAUCACUUUUUCAUCAGGAUGUAGCUUUCUUUUUUUUUUAGGUGAAAUGUUUAUAAGAGCAAACAGUUAUUAAUGGAUGAGGUGGUAGAGGUCAUACGUUUAUGAAGAAAUAUAUAGACUAGUAAAAAGUGUUCAGAAGAUUUUCCUCUAGGUAAUAGUAUGCAUAAUGCUGAUAUAUUUGAAUGAUUUAAACUCUAGCAAAUAUUUAGACAUUUUAACGAUGAUUUAUCGUAAAUAAAACAGUCAUAUGUUUGAGAAAGGGUUUCCUAUAGAGGUCUUGGCUCAGUUCAAAGCCCUAUUUGCAAUUGUUUUACACCAUGUUUUUACAAUCUCUCCAAAGAAGUCUCUGGCUGACACACUCUUGCUCAUUGAGAGCUUGACUGUUUCAAGUCAACUAUGUGAUUUAUAAUGGUAAUAGGACCGAGUGGAGUCCAAUUCGGUCUGUAAUCAUACAAGUGAUUAACAAAAUCGGACGACUUGUCAAUCAUGAGAAUUAUAACAGACAGAAUUGGAAGACAAAAAUUGUGUUACCAAUUAAUCAUAACCUUCACAAUUUCCAAAAACAACAAAUACAUUUAGGACAAAUAUCUGUGGUAGAGACAAAGUCUAAGUAAAAAAUUCCUCAACUUUGGAAAUUCCCCAAUUUUUUCAGGAUAAGUGGUUGUUGCUGUAGUUAUUGUGAUCAAUUCUAUGAUUGGUAGAUUUGGCUGAAAGGACUGAGCAUGAUUCGAAAUUUCAACUGCCUGAUUAUAGCCAACUGUCUGAUUACAUUGUGUAAUUACAACUGCAGAAUGAUUCGUGAAAAAUAAAGCAGCUAAAGCACCAAUCACAUUUGAGUAAAUUGUAAUGGUUAUGAUCAAGGGGAGAACUGAAGGGUGUGAUACCUGGAAAUGCCUUGAUAUUCACCCUUGCAGUGUAGCUUGGUGAAAUUUCAUGAUACUAUAGCAACAGUGACGAGACUAGUGCAGUCUGCACCACAUGACUAAUGAUUGAGAAACCCCUCCUUGGUUAAAACAACUUAUAAAAAUUUAGACAACUUCCUGUACAAUCAAAGGAGCAUUACCACAUGAAGCACAGUAAGUAUUUACAAUUAAAGAAAAACUGUGAAAAUAUCAGUAAAUCCCAACACUCA